AUGGCUGAUGCAAUCCUGUAUGGCGUUGUGCAGACGAUCAUUGAAAGCUUGGGCUCCUCUACUCUCCUACCGAUUGGAUCGAUUUGGGGUGUCAAAGAUGAGCUUGAACAAAUGAAGAACACUGUUCUCACUAUUCAAGCUGUACUCAAGGAUGCGGAGGAGCAACAGGUCGAGAAUCACCAAGUCAAGCACUGGCUCAUGAAUCUCAGAGAUGCAGUUUAUGAUGCGGAUGACUUGUUGAGCGAGUUCACCACUCAUGUGUUGCAGCAAAAAGUGAUGGAUGGUGAUAAAAUUGUAAAGAAGGUACGCAUUUUAUUUUCUGGUUCAAACCCACUUGUUUUUGGUUUUCAGAUGGCUUGCAAAAUAAAAGCCAUGAGGGAGAGGCUUAAUGAUAUAGCAUAUAAUAGGAACAAUUUCCAGUUGAAGUCAGUACAUAACCCUUUAGAAACACGGGUUGUGAUUAGGGGGAGGGACCAAACUCACUCAUUUGUACUGGAAGAAGAGGUUAUCGGGAGAGAAGGGGAUAAGGAGGCCAUCAUAACUCUAUUGGGCCUUGAAGUGGAAGACAAUGUUUCAUUCAUAUCUAUAGUGGGAAUUGGUGGGCUAGGGAAGACCACACUCGCCCAAUAUGUAUAUAAUGAUGAGAAAGUCAAAAAAUAUUUUGAGUUAAAGAUGUGGGUAUGUGUUUCUGAUGUCUUUGACUUAAAAAUAAUUGUUGAAAAGAUAAUUGCAUCGGCAACUGAUGAAAAACCUGAAAACCUUGAAAUGGAUCAAUUGCAAAAUAAACUUCGCAAAAAUCUCAACCAAAAGAAGUACUUACUUGUAUUGGAUGAUGUUUGGAAUGAAGAUAACGGGAGUUGGUGUGAUUUGAAAAGGCUUUUGAUAGGUGGUGCAAAGGGAAGUAAGGUGGUGGUAACUACUAGGACCAAACUGGUUGCAGAAAUUACAAGCACAAUCUCACCAUAUGUUUUAAAAGGCCUAUCAAAGAGUCAAUCUUGGUUAUUAUUGAAGCAAAUGGCAUUUAAAAAAGUGCAAGAGACUAUCGAUCCUAAUCUUGAAGCAAUUGGAAAGGAAAUUUUAGAGAACUGCCGAGGAGUGCCUCUUGCUAUAAAGACAAUUGGGAGGGUCUUAUACUUUAAAAACACAAAAGAUGAAUGGUCAUACAUAAAAAAUAAUGAACUUACAAAUGUUACUCAAUCAAAGAAUGGUAUUUUACCAGUUCUAAAAUUGAGUUAUGAUCAUCUUCCAUCACAUUUGAAGUGUUGUUUUUCAUAUUGUUCAUUGUUUCCCAAAGAUUAUUUGAUUGAUAAAUUGACAUUGAUACAACUAUGGAUAGCACAAGGAUUUAUACAAUCACCACAGGAAAACCUACAAUUAGAUGUUGCCAAUGAGUACUUCAUGGAUCUACUUUGGAGAUCCUUCUUCCAAGAAGAAAAAGAAGAUGAAGGCAUGAAUAGGAGGUUUAAAAUGCACGAUUUAAUCCAUGAUCUUGCACAAUAUGUAUCAAAGACUGAUUGUACACUAGUUGAUUCCAAUGCAAAAAAUGUGAAAGAAAAAGGACACCAUCUAUCAUUUCCAUUUUACAAUGUUUCAUUCUUUGCAGAGAAUUUUAGCAUGUUGGCUAAAGCAAACAAGGUACGAACAUUUAUAUUGGCAUACAAUAAGUGGAAAUAUGAUCAGGGAACAAUUGAAGAAUCAAUUCUCAAAAAACUUAUUUCUACUUUUAAAUACUUGCGUGCAUUAGACCUACAUGGUUUAAAUAUGAAGAUGUUGCCAAAUACCAUAGGUACAUUGAUGCAUCUAAAGUACCUUGACCUUUCCUCUAAUAAUAUCGAGGUUCUCCCUAGUUCUAUUACAAAAUUGGUGAAUUUGCAAACAUUAAAGCUCUGUAAGUGUGGAAAGCUUAGGGAGUUACCGGUAGAUAUUCAAAAAUUGGUUAGCCUCAAGCACCUUGACUUAGAAGAUUGUGAGAAAUUGACUCUGCCAUGUGGAUUAGGGCAAUUGACUUCUCUUCAAACAUUAAACUUACUUGUUGUGAGUAAGGGUCCUGUAGGUUCUUCCAGGCAUUGCGGUGGGCUAGCAGAAUUAAACAAGCUAAAUGACUUAAGAGGAAAAUUAGAGAUUAAAAAUUUGGCAUGGUUGAAAGAUGCCAUCCCAGAAUUCAAGGCUGCAAAUUUGAAGGACAAGCAACGUCUCAGUGAGUUGAAAUUAAGGUGGAAUCCAGAGGGUGAUGAUGGUGUAGAUGCCAGUGAUGAUGAAAAUUCCAUGGAUAGCCUCCAACCACACGAAAGUUUAAAAUCUUUGGAAGUGGUUGGGUACAUGGGUGUGAGAGUUUCAAGUUGGCUUUCAUUCUUAACAAAUCUCAUUGAUUUAUCUAUAUCCAAUUGUAAGAAGUGCCAAUAUUUGCCACCGUUGUAUCAACUCUCAACUCUCCGAAAGCUAAGCAUUUGGUUUAUGGAUGAUCUAGAGUACAUGACAGACAGGGAUAUGAAUGAUGAGAUAUCUGCUUCACUGGCAUCACCAUCAACAUUUUUCCCAUCCCUUGAGACACUCUUCCUUUGGGAUUUCCCAAAUCUAAAAGGAUGGUGGAGGAGGGAUAAGGGGAACGAGGAGUUGGAGUCUCUACCAGAGGAGUGGUUUAAAAAUCUAACUUCUCUUGAGAUAUUAGUGAUUUGGGAGUGUCCCAAUCUGAAGUCACUUCCCGAAGGGAUGAGUCAUCUCACCUCUUUACAGAGGUUGGAAAUCAUGGGUUGUCCCCAAUUAAAGCAAAGAUGCGAGAAGGAAAACGGAGAGGAUUGGGAUAAGAUUUCUCACAUCCCAAAUCUUAGAAUCUACUAA